AUGCCUGCUCCAACAGUUGAAGCACCAGCGGUGGCGCUGUCGUUUGCAAAUAAUUUUUGGGGCAAGGACGAUGCAGGAGUCGGGCCGCUUCUAGAGCGGAUGCAAAGUGCAAAAACUACAUCUGACGAGCUGAAGUCAUUCUACAGUGCUCGAGCAUCAAUUGAAGACGAAUAUGCUAGGAAACUGCUAAGCUUAAGCCGAAAAUCGCUUGGCUCUCACGAGAUGGGAUCGUUGAGGACAUCAUUGGAUACUGUCAGAGGGGAGGUGGAGUCUAUGGCCAAACAACACCAGAGUAUUGCCGCUCAGAUGAAGUCAGAGUUGGAAGAGCCGUUGGCGGCAUUUGCUGGAGGCAUGAAGGAAAGACGGAAGAUUGUGCAAAACACGGUCGAGAAGCUGCUGAAGACCAAAAUCCAGCAGACGCAGCAGGUAAACAAGGUUGGUUACGCCGUCAAUUCCAUGACCAGAGACAAGUAUGAGCAAGAGUGCUUGAAGAUCAAAGGCUACCUGGCCCAGGGACACAUGGUGAUGGGACAGGAAGAGCGCCGUAAUAAGGCGAAAUUGGAGAAGACACAAAUCUCUCUUGCCACUGCAAACACUGAGUACGAGAGUGCCGUGAAAAUAUUGGAGGAGACCACAGCCAGAUGGAAUCGGGAAUGGAAGGCUGCGGCAGACAAGUUUCAGGACCUCGAAGAGGAGCGUCUGGACUUUACCAAGAGCAGCCUAUGGACAUUUGCAAAUGUUGCCUCCACUGUCUGUGUGAGUGACGACGCAUCAUGCGAGAAAAUCAGGCUAUCGCUUGAGAACAUGGAGGUGGGGAAGGACAUCGUCCAUUUCAUCACAGAGAGAGGAACUGGCCAGGAAAUCCCUGAUCCGCCAAAAUACAUCAACUUCUGCCGAGGCGACGUUAAUGACUGCCAGUCUGAAGCGUCCGAGGAUGAGAAUUACUCCGUGGCCCAGUUCCCACGAAGUAUCAAUCCAGCCUUCCGAUCCUCUUCACCCCAACCAUCGAUGUUUGAGUCUCACCAUGACCCUAACUCUAUGCUUGCGAACAACUUGGCACACAGGGAAGCCAGGGAGCCCCCGCAGCCAACAAGCCGAGAGACAACGGUGACCCCUCAGAAGGCGCCUCCGCCAAUGCAAAACUCCAUGGACGAACAGCGCCGAGGACAGGUGCCGCCUCAGUAUUAUGCCAAUCAGCACGGUCCUUUGGCCGCGGUCCCUCACGAUCCCUAUCCCAUGGAUGGUAUGACAAUGCUGUGCCGGACCGUACCUCCUGGGCCGCAGUCGGACCGCAGUUCACAACCACCUUCGGCUCGACCCUCUAGCCGCGAAUCUCACAGCGACUAUUCCAUUCCCACUUCAAUGUCUAGCGUUGAGCCCCAAAGUGGACAAGUUUCGCCGGUGAAGCAAGAACCCGUGGAGAAUAUGGGCCCAGAGAAGCGAGUACUUAAGAAGAAGAGCGGCUUCUUUCAGAAUCAUAGUCCAUUCCGCCGAAAAAGUACCAAAGAAGUGCAAGCUUCCCCUCAGAACCGAAACACGUGGCAUGUGGCUCACAGCAGAGGGGAAUUGGAGCGUACUGCCAGUCCUGAGCCUAUUGAUGCAAACGCAAGCCUGGCUUUGGGUGUUGGCCAGAACGUGCUCCCUGUCACUACCCCUGACAGUCGCAGACGACCUGGCCGAGGGCGUGAACAAGACGUUGAUCAAUCAGACCCUAUUGCCAUGGCUUUGGCAGAACUGAAAGAUGUCAAUUUGGGUAAGCAGUCAUCGUUGAGGAUGUCUGCCGACCACUAUCAUGGCAUAGCUACCCCGAUUCCGGGAGCAGAUCCCAGAUCUGGUAGACACAGUGGUCGUGAAGCACCACCGUCAUACAGUACUCAAGCUUCUGUUUCUCGACUGGGGGUUCCGCCACCCGCGGUUACUUCUCGAGCCAUGAAGGAGGUGACGAAGAAAGCAACAGAUCAGACCCGCGCUGUUUUCGGCGACGCCGGAAACCGUGGCACAUCGCCAGCGUCGCGACCAGUGACUCGUGGGAGCGACAUACCCCGAGCUGCCUCACCAGCACCCACUCGCAGUGCAUCUCCCCAGCCUCGGAUGAGCGGCGAUACCCGUUACCGGUCUGCAUCUCCGAACCCGUACGGUGGCCAUCAUCGAGGCGGGUCUCAGGUCAGCGUAUCGCAGCAACGAGGAUCAGGCCAGGGCCACUAUGGAUCGGCAUCUCCUCAAGGAUCAGCCCGGGGCUCUGCUAGGGGUUCUUCCCCAGCCUCGUUUAGAGGAGAUUAUGACCGACCGCGUAGUAGCUACGGCGGCAGCGGUUCAGACAUGGCUGUUCAAUUGGCGCCGGCGGGAGACGAUCGCUUUGGUUCUAAGAGAGGCAGAGGUGCCGUUGACCUCUAUGACGGGGGAUCACGACCUCGAAGCAAGAGUGUUGCUGACCCUUCUAGACAGUACACGCGAGAUGGCAGACCCAUCUUGCACUUCGCUCGAGCUCUCUACAUGUAUCAGGCCGCCAUUCCCGAAGAGCUUGGGUUUGCCAAGGGCGACUACCUGGCCAUCCUCCGUCAUCAAGACGAUGGCUGGUGGGAGGCGGAAGUGCACGGCGGCAGUGGCCGAGUCGGGCUGGUCCCCAGCAACUAUCUUCAACCGUGUUGA